UAGGCCUCAGUUUGUUUCGGGCUCUCGUGCUAAACGGUACAACACGUUAUCGAUGCGAUAUCAUCGACAACUUGUGUUUCGCGACAAAAUCAAAGUUAACGACGAAUUACAACGAAUUGUGUUUUGAUUCUCGAGUGGAUACAAUGCAAAGUAUGUUUGUGUGAGUGAUGAUAUUGAAGCAUGAAGCAUGAAUAUGAAGAAUUUGUAAGGCCUAACAAUAGGCUAAUCGUGUUCACUUAAUAUAUUGCCUGAUGAGGCUUGUGACACAACAACAACAAGUGAUAUUGGCGAGCAAGUGAUAAAAAUAACAAUGCAAUUGGACACAAAAAUAAAAAUAUAUAUAGCGUACAUUUGUACAUAUGUAUUUAUGUGUCUAGAAGUGCAUAAUUGACUUAGCAAUCUACAAUUUAAGUGUUGUGUUGUUUGUGGAUGUGUGUGUUUGUGUCACUGUGCUCAGCAGUCCGUCAUUGCAAUCGACAAUUGAGCAUCUUAAUUUUAAACAAUACAGAUAGACGCAGACUCACCGGUGUCCAGCUGACGUUUCAAAAUUAAAAUAACAAGGAAUGAGUAAAUAAAUGUAGUAAUAUUGUGAGGGUGUUUAGGCUACGUGUUUUCCAAAUGAAGAUUUCUCUACUUGUUUGGUUGUGUGAGUUUGUCACAGUCUCAGCCGGAGUGUAAUUCAAGUUAAUUUGUAGCGAAUGAAAUUGAAAUGAAUAAGUUCCCUUGAAAUAUCAAGUAAACUUAUCAGACUCGGGUUAAAAAAUUCCAUUUUGGUUUUGUAUGCGAAACAGUGAAAAUGCAUACAUACAUACAGUGUACUAAAUAUCAGUGAUAGAACGUGUUUUAAUUGUACAAUUGCAAAAAAAAUAGUGAAACAUUUUAAAUGCCUAGAACAAUAACUACUAUUUCCAACCUAUAAUUAUUCAAAACGCGUAAUAUUAAAAUAUUAUUAGUCAAGCCAAUUAGCAUCCUCGGUUUAAUAAUUGCUACAAUAUAUCUGCUUAGGUUCCUUUUAAUAUUCAACAUGUCUAGAGUGUUACUAAACUGAAGCGCCAAAUGAGUGCAUAGCAAGUAAAAACGGCGUUUGGUAAAAAAAAAAAACACUUGCAAUAUAAACUGCAGCUAAAUAGCUACAAGUAGUGAGUGGUGAAAAGGAAAGGUGAACAAAAACUCACCAAUUUGAACAAAACCAAAAUAAUUCAAGCAAUCAUAAAAAUAUACAAAACAGAGAAAAGAUCGAAAACCUUUCACUGACACCCAAAUAGCAAAAAUACACAUACACAUACAUACAUACAUAUGUACUUGUUUAAAAAUAUGUAGAUAAAAUUCAAAGCGACAAAAUAAAAAUAUAAACAAUCAAAAUAAAACAAACACAUACAUAUAUGUACGUAUUUGCAUAAACAACAAACAGCGACGCGAUCCAGGCGACGUUAGCAGAAAUCCUACCAACACACAUACACACGCACCCACGUAAAGUACGCUUUUAUUGCAACACAGCGCUUGUGAUCUAUUUGCUGUUGAUUAUUUUCCAAAUUCAACAUUUUCGGCUGAAUACCGCCUUUCUCGAGGUGCUACGACUGCGCAUGUGUGCUAAUGUGCCUGCCUACCCCACUAAGCAAGGCCGUGUUGCAUGUAUGAUGACGCGAGUGUGAAGCGUGAUUUAUUGAACGAAAGUAAAACGCAAGGCGCAAGUGAGAAAAUUAAAACGUGAACCCAAUUUAUCAAUAAUAACAACAAUACAACUUCCUUCCUAAGUCUACUAAUAAUCGCGUGGUCGUGGUAAAACUGUGAGUUUCGCAUGCGCCUACGAAUUGGCAACCUAAAUCGAUAUUUGAAUGUCCGAGCGUGUGUGCAAAAUGUAGGAAACUUUUCUUUUUAACGCGAGCGUGAAAACGAGUACCCAGACAAAGCGUGCUGGACUAAGUGAAUCGGGAUUGCGACGCAGUUAGUUGUUGUCACUCUCAAUAGACCAGCCACAUAUACAUAUAUAUAAACGAGAGUAUAGCGUAUGCAGAGUUAAUAAACCGCGUUUAGUGACCGGCGGAAUACCCAACUAACCUAGAUUAAAAUUUAGACACAAACAUAGCCGGAGCCACAGCCUCUGACAUUAUGGCCAUGCGCAUCGCGUAGAAAUAGGCUGAUUAAUAUAAAUCAAAUCUGAAACGAGUCUGCGCAGUAAACAAGAAUUUUCUAUUCAGCUUUGUGGAGGAAAAAGUAUAUGAUAGCGCCUACAAAUGUACAAGGCGCGAGGCGAAUGCAGCCAUAGUAAAUUUGAAAAUCAACUGAACAAAAGGUGGUGAAUUGACGGAGAGUUGAAAGUGCGGUGGCAAACAAGUUUGGUUCCACUAAAAGUGCAGCUACGACAACGGACUGCAAAUAAAAAGUGACCUACAAAUACAGGUUUUCAUUUGGUUAUUGUGACGGCCGACAGCAACGGUCUGAACUAAAGCCGCAGCCAGAACAACAGCAGCCAACGUAAAUAACAAACCAUCUAUACAGUCGCCACAUACACUUGCAUACAUUGAAUAACCAUAAAACAUAGCUACUAAUUCAGAGUGGACAAGUGAGGCGACGGCGCAGACAAUAGACGGCCAGUGAAUCGCGUGUAAACCUAGGUAAAACCAGCUAUGGCAACCACAACCUCACCAACAACAAUAAUGUCUACAACGGUGCCGGCAAUGCCGUUGAAAAAAGCUGGACCACCGGUCCCACCGAGGCCAUCGCAUGCAAGCGCGCACGCAGUGGGUUUAUUGAAAGCACAACGCAAUGGAGAAUCAGUUAUGAAUGCUGCGACAGCAGCAGCACAGAAUCGUGUUGCGACAACAACAACAGGCACAUCAAUGGCAUCAUCAACAGCGACCAGUUCGGCUACGACUUUGUCUUUGAGUGGUCGCAUGAGUGUUGGCAAUGGGAGCACAGUUGCGGCGACGCAAUACAAUUUACAACAUCCGAUUAUACGUAAGAAACCAAAGUUGAGCUCAGUUGGAGCCGGAGCUGGUGGUCGUACGGUUAUUUAUAAGUCACCCUCGAUGAAUGUACAAAAACGUUCGGAAGAACUAUCGCCCACAGCAACCAACAAUACCAUUAACAACCGAUUCGGUCCAAAGCCGCCUUUAAAACUACGCAAAGCACCCGAUAUACCGACAAUGAAACCGAAAGCCACAGUCCCGGUGCAAAAUAAAGCUACAGCUCCAGUGCAAAAAGAUGGUAAUGCCACCAAAGUGGAUGUUAAUAGUGUGAUCGGUAAAAUUCCAGCCCCACUGCCAGCUGCCACAGUAAAUGCAACAGAUACAAAUAAUGCCAGUGGUGAUGUCGUUAUCGUCCAAACGUCGGCCAGCGCCGUCAAUCUCAGUCGCCAUCACUCCAUGGGUAGUGGCUCACCAAAAUCGCAAUCGCAAAUGAGCGGCCUUAAGGAUACACGUCUCAGCUUAGGUCGUGCUGACUUUGAGCGCAUUGGCAAGAUACAGCUCGACCAGUUGCCGACAUCGAUGCAACCCCUACCGCGUCCGCGUAAAAUUGUUAAGUUGCCUGUCGCUACGCUUGACUUGGAUGAUACUUCUAUCAAUAAUGGUUCACAACCGAAUUCGUCCGGUGUGAGUAUUUUUCGUCGUUCGAAAACUACACUUGAUAACUUUACAUUACGUGCCAAUAUCACCACAAUCAAUACGGGUGCCAAUACUUUUCUGGGCGGUAAGACGGCUGAGCUCAAGAACAAUCUGAAGAACGCGGCUGAACGUUUGUUUUCGGAAAUAAUAGUUAACCAACAGCGUCACGGCACCGAAUUGCCAGUAAUAACAAAACAUGAGCCUGCUCUGCAACAUCAGGCAACACCUCAUGCCACUACCGCUGGUGGUACUUCGGUUACUGUGCUUACAACCGGUGAGCUGGUCAAUAAUUGCACACGUAUAAAUAUCAAUACGAAUGAAAGCACUCAGGGUAUGAAAGGAAAAAUGGAAAAUAUCCUAAAGUCACCGGAGAAGAAGGCAGCUUUCCAUGAGAUACUUAUAUCCGAAUUGGCGGCAAUGCGUGACAGAAGCAGCUCCAUGGAGAAUUUGACUAGCGUUGAAACGCCUAAAAUUACUAAAAGGGAACAAACGCCACUAAGCAGUCCAGUAUCGGAGCCCAUCAAGUUAACAACAAUAAACGCAAAUGAAGCGACAACGUCAAUAAUAACAACAACAAAAGGAUUAUUAAGCAGCACCACUUCAAAUAACAGCAACAUCGAUAUCUCUAACAACAAAAUACGUCAGCGCUGCAAUUCCAUUGAAGAUGCGGAUCCUGACACCGAAGAUGUCGAUGCUGAUAACAUAGAAGACACCGAAGAUGGUGAGGAAGAUGAUAUGCAAAAGAAUAAUCGUAACAAAAAAUUGAACGGUGUUGGCACACCGAGAAAACGUUGCCCUUCAGGAUGUUCAUCAGAUUCGUCACCAUAUGGCACUGAACGUUCGGCGCGUAUACGCACUUCCGAUUGGAUUGAGGUAGGCGAUAAUGGCAAAGAGGUCACCAUGACCAGCUGUCACAUAAGUUUGGAGGAUUCGGGCUUGGAGGAUGAAGAGCGUUUGGAUGAAAUGUCAUCGCUCGGCGUUGGUGAUUCUUGGGAUAGUGUAAAGGAGGCAGAAAAUGUUAAACGGUGCCGCACUCUGAAGAGAAUUUUGUCUAUUAGCGAUCUGCCACCUUUGCCAAAAAGUCUUAGCGGUAUCAAUAAAAUGCUCGGCUCCGAUUCGGGUUUGAUCAGCGAUGAUGCUGAUGUCAAUAUGGAAAACAAAAACAACAAUCACAACAACAUUAGCGCCGGUAGUGUGCAAAGUUUGAGCAACAGCAAUCUGGACAAUAGCGUAGAAUACCAAAACGGCGAUAAUAAUAACAACAGCAACAGUACUACGAAUAGUGUUAAUAAUAUUGGCAAAAAUGAUUUAAACACAGCGAAAUUGUUAGAAAGUAACGAAAUGGACGUGAGCAACAAGGCAAAGACAUCGAGUUCCGCACUACCAACAACAACGAUAGCAACAACAAAUGCGAAAGAAGCAACCACAACAGCAGCGUCAGCCGCGGCGGCGACACCCGCGAAAUCUGGCAUCACCUCAAACGCCGCUGGCGCUGGCGGUGCGGUGGCGACCGUGACGGGAAGCACACUGGAUACACAAUUGGCCAUUUUAAGAAAAGAAAUGUACGGCCUACGCCAGCUGGAUCUCUCGCUGCUCUCCCAAUUGUGGGCGCUCAACGACUCGAUACAGGAAUUUCGUACGAUGUUGGAGUCACAAGAACUCGAACCAGAAUCUUACUUACCACACUCACCGACACCCUCUUCCUACGAUUCGGUCUCGAGUGAUGCUGAAGACGAUGGCAACACAAGUAACAUUAAAAAACAUAAAUCAGCCGACCUGAAUAAGCCAAAAAUAAUCACAACCCAACCAAAAUUAACGCAACGAUCCAAUUCAACGACGGAGCGGACCAGCAAUGGCAAUGCGACAGCACCGCAGAGGCCAACACCACCGAAACCGCUCGAUAUGCGACCAGUACAACGUAUGCGCAGCGCACCACCACCACCGCCUGCCAAUCGGAAAUCGGCGGCACCGCCGCGCCCCACAUGAUGCUAUCUAACGGAUUUCCUCGCCAGCAUGAAGAUGGUCAUGUGCAAAGCGAUUGUGAGCAACAACGGCAGCGGCUGCAGCGACGCGAUAAUGGCGGCGAAGCGCUGAAUGAAAAAGCGAAAGAGUGGAGGAAAGGAAUUAAAACGUGCAAGCGCUGUUGCUGUUGUAGGCGAGGAAUUUCGACUAAAGUUUAAGCAAAUCUAAGCUUAGCAAUUAGAAAACCCGGUAUUUCUAAUUAUCUGCUGUGCAUAAAAAACAACAAAAAAAACUUCAAAAAGUAGCCUUAAAAUUAAAUUUGCUUAAUUUUUUUUGAUUUAAGCUCGAAGUGAUUGUGGAAUCCAGCAAUAAGACAGAAGAUAUAUAAGAAAACAAAAAACGUUCGGAAUUAGUAUAGUUAGGGAUAUACAUAUAUAUGAGUAAUUGUAAAUUGGUGCAUUGGGGGUCGGAAGGCUUGCAGCGCACCGGCUGUCCAUCAAUUAGGCUUACUUCUGUAUGUGCAUAUAUUCAUACAUACAAUCCACAUACGUAUGUAUGUACUCAUACAUAUUAUGUAAUAAUAGCUGUCUUCGAUUGGUUAUUUCUCUGUUCGUUUGUGCUCUCUUGUUAAAAAAUUUACAUGUGAAAGCAACUUUGUUGUUGCGAAACCGAGUUGAUUUGGAGCAAUACUCUCUUGCGGAUACCUCAUUAAAAUGGUAUAACCAGAGAAUGUAGAUUAUUAUUCUACAUUCUCUGGUAUAACUUCUAUCUUCAAUGCUGCCAAGUUUUGUUUAGCAUAUUUUAGCUCACUUUAACUAUUGUGAAUGGUUCAUAUUACCAAUAAAAUUACAAGUAGCGGUUGGCGAAUGGAAGACAGCUGAUAAAAGACGAAGAAAAAAUGUUUGGACAUUCACACAAAUUCAUACUUAACAUUAUUGUUAAUUCGGCUGUACUUUCGCUUUCGCAUUUCUGAAAAUCUCAUAAAAUAUACACUUUUGAAAUAAUUAUUUAAAUAUCUACUUAUGUAUAUAUAUAUUUUUCGAUAGCUCCAACUGGGUAUUUCAAAAUAUAAAUAACGUAAAAUAAUAUAUAAACCCAGUUACAUGCAUACAUAAGAAGUAUGUAUGCACAUGUGUACAUACUUAUGUAUAUAGGCGUGUAUACAUUUAAAUGAUGCUUAAGUUCUGUGUACUAAUGCUAACUGCUAAUAAUGAUUACUUUAAUUGAAUGCUAUUGUAUAUAUAAAAAUUUUAAAUACAUAAAUAAAGAAAGCUAGAAAUUUAAA